GUCACGUGCCGGGGGAGCAGGCCGGCUUCGCGGGCCGCCAUGUUGUGUGGCCCUCUGGGCGGCUGGGCUGGGCGCCGGGGCCGGGGAUGGCGGCGUCCGAGAGCAAGUGGCUCUCUGGGGUGAACGUGGUGCUGGUCAUGGCCUACGGGAGCCUGGUCUUUGUGCUGCUGUUCAUUUUCGUCAAGAGGCAGAUCAUGCGCUUUGCUAUGAAGUCCCGUCGCGGCCCCCACGUCCCCGUUGGGCAGCACGCGUCUAAGGGCUUGAAAGAAGAGACCGACAUCCGACUGUCACGAGUCCAGGACAUCAAAUAUGAGCCUCAGCUACUGUCCCAAGAUGACGUUCGACUCCAUCAGUUGGAGACACCUAAGAGUCCAUUUUGCUACUCCUACCUGUACAGAAUGAAGGCCCUGGAUGCUAUCCGAGAUUCAGAGAUCCCGUUCUCAGCAGAAGGAAGGUACCCCAGGUCCUCAAUCGGGAAGAACUUCCGUGCCUACCUGCUGGACCUGCGGAACUCCAGCACUCCCUUCAAGGGCAUCCGCAAGACUUUGAUCGACACUCUUCUGGAUGGGUAUGACAGUGCCCGCUACGGGACAGGGGCUUUCGGCCAUGCGGAGUAUGUCAAGUACCAAGAAGCGUUGCACGAACUGGCGGCAAUCAUCAAGGCCCGCGGAGGCAGCAGCCAACGGCAGCACCAGUCUGCAGCCAAGGACCUGACGCUCUCCCCCGACGUCUCCAGCACCAUCCAGGUGACCUACCUGCCCUCCAGCCAGAAGAGCAAACGAGCCAAGCACUUCUUGGAGCUCAAGAGCUUUAAGGACAACUACAACACGCUGGAGAGCACCCUGUGACCGCUGCGGGCCGGGGGAAGGGGCGCCAGCCCACAAAACGACUCAAGAGGGCUUUUGCCCGCCGUGCCCGCGCACCGUUGGUUUGCCCAUGUGGACCGAGAGGCAUGCGUCAUGCCUGUGUGCUGGCUGGUGGCGGGUGCCAAAGCGAAGCGGCUUUUCGAUUCAAUGGUCUGAUAUGAAGCAUGUUGCUUCCUUGUGGGGAAGGGGGGCUUCCUGGAUUCUCCAGCCCCCCCCCUUCUGAUUUUGUAAAUAUUGUUAUUCAGUUACCUCUUACGUUAUUUAUAAAGACUCUAUCUAGGCAUGCUUCUCUGUUCCCACCACCUUUUAGAAGGAGCCAAGAAAGGUUAGGGGAGCUACGCGGGUUCUUUCUUUUUUUUUUACUUUUCACCCCGCCAGCCUCCCCUGCCACAGAGUGGGAAUAAACCUUGCUCUUCUUUCUGCCCUCCCUCUCUUUCCUCCUCUGAAUUCUACCCUCCUUUCCUUUUCGAAAGUAUGGCAGGCAGGGGCGGGUCCAGAGUGGCACCUUUUCAAUCGCCCCGUAAUUGAGAUUUUUUUGCCUUUGUUGACGGUGGCGUUUUCUCACCCGGGGCUGUGUCGAGAAAGCUCACCUUGUGUGGUAGGCGGAUGCUGGGCCUCUUCGCUGCUGGCCCCUUUCAGAGAGCAUUUAAAAGCCGGAAGAAACAAGGGGUCCCCGUGAACUGAAAGCAACAGGGCGGCGGGGGAAGUUGGUCCCCAGGCAAGACUCCCGCCUUUUCCCUCCUGGUGGAUAGCCAAAGCCCGCCUUCCCCUCUCUUUUUAAACUGCUGUUUAAUAAAAACGGACGUGUGUCCAGCCUCGCA